UACAUCACCAUGAAUAAUUCUUCAACCAUGGCAUGACAUGCUGAUGUUGUCACGUGUAGUAGGUGUGAGGACAGAGCUCAUAAACAAUGUGUGAGGGCAGACAAACCCUGCAGACCAACUCUGCUUACACAGAAACAAGCCAGGCCUGUACCCUGCUGAGUGUCUGCACAGGGAAAAUGUAUGUGGAUGAUUUUAAGGUUUACAUGUGAACAUAUCAGGAAUCUGUACUCUGAAGAUACAAACUGGACUAACGUUGUUGUGCUUUUGUUCUUCAGUUAGAUCAACAGGUUAAUAUUGAAUUGUGGUCUUAAAUGCUUCUCUAAAAUGUCGUAUGUAAAUCAGUCUCCGACUCUCAACAUUACAUCAGAGCAGAAGUAUCAGGGAUUACUGGAAAGAGUGUUGUUUUCCACGCUGAUUGGAAUGCCAUGCUGUGUGUUUCUCUUCAUUAAUGGGACCAUGUUAUUCACCUUGAGGAGUAAAUCUGUGUUUCGGGAGACUUCUCGUUAUAUUCUUCUGUAUAACCUCCUUUAUGGAGACACUGUAUUACUGGCACUGAGUCAGUUACUGUACAUACUGGCUGCUUGUAGAAUAAUGCCAACGUAUCCUGAGUGUGGUGUUCUCGUUAUGCUCAGCAGUCUCACAAAUCAAAUUUCUCCUCUCACACUGGUGGUGAUGUGUCUGGAGAGAUAUGUAGCUGUGUGCUACCCACUGAGGCACGGUAGCAUUGUCACUAUCAGAAAUACAGCAGUGGCUAUCAUUGUGGUUUGGACCUUCAGUUCACUAAAUGUCCUCAUUCGAGUUGUUUUGCUGUUAGAUUUUCCAUUUUCAGACCUGGAGAGUCUGCAGAUGACAGAUGUUUGCUCUGACAUAGCCAUGUUUCUCAGCCCAAUGUCUGAUAUUUAUGACAAAGCAUACACUGGUUUUGUGUUUACUUCAGCUGGUGUUGCAGUUAUUUUUUCCUAUAUCAGUGUGAUGAUAGCAGCCAGGUCAGCCUCCACAGACAAAGCUUCAGCCCUUAAGGCUCGUAACACACUGCUGCUUCAUCUGGUACAGCUGGGUCUCACUCUCUUGUCAACUCUCCAUGCCUCUAUUGUUGUAUCACUGUCAAAAACCCUGCAAAGAUUAAUCAUUGUACGCAUCAAGAGUUUUUUUUACGUGUUUAUAUAUAUCUUACCCAGAUGUCUGAGUUCGCUCAUCUAUGGGCUCCGAGAUCAGACCAUCAGACCCGUCCUCAUGUACCAUCUCUGCUGUCGACUGAAACUCAGCCGUGCAGUAAAGGCUGAGGUCUCACCCCAAAAUACACUGAAUGAUUCAAAAAUAAUUUUCAAAGAUACAUAUUAAAUAUUAAUAUUAAAUAAAAUUCAAUGUUUUAGAAAAUGUGUCUAAAAUGUUUAAUAACAACCCAUGGUUGAUUUGUUGCACAUACUAAUAGUGUUUAUGUUCUGCAACUGCAAUAGGAUUAUACUUGUUCUCUGAAUUAUUCUAGUGAGUCCAUACUAAGCCUUAACUCAAUGUUCUUCAUUGUGUGCAACUGCAAAGAGCAAAACGAAUAUAACCUUUGUAUUGAACCCUGACCCAUUUCACUGUAUUUUAACAUAUGUAAGCCCAUUGCAGUGCAGUCCCCAGCCCUGUUGUAUAAACUGUUUUCAGCACCACAUUAUAGAUGACUCAGGCAUCAUGCAUAUUGCAGUUAGAAUUUAAAACAUUUAUAAAGAGAAUUGGCUACAGUUAAUAUUUAUGUUCUAGAUGAAAAUCUGUAUUGUAAAAUAUAAUAUUAUGCAUUAGAAUAACAACACAUACACACACGUCCUCUCUGUAUUAUCUUAUGAUGGUUUUAGUUAUGUGCCCAUUUGUUUUUUCUGUGUUUGUAUGUGUGUUGUUGUCUUUUUAUGGAAUUAUUUUAAUGUGUAUUUCUCUUUUGAUGUUUUUAGUUUUAUUGUUGUUAAGCUUAUCUUAAUAUUUGCGUAUCAAGUUAAGGUGUUCUGUAGAGUAUAUGUUAAAUCAGUACAUUAGUACAAUAAACAUUGGCUUCAUACUAAAACAGGAUUAAAUUUUUCCUGAAUUAGGGUCCAUACUUAACCCUAACUCACUGGGCCUUUUUAUUUGCAACUGCAAAGAGCUAAAGGAAUAUAAUGUUGUAUUUACCCAUGCCAAUUUCAGUUCGUUUAAAUUAAUUUAAUGUAUACCCUAUAAAAUCUGUUCAGCAGCACAUAGUAGGUAGCUCAGUUUACAAAUUUAAAAAGGCAUAAUGGAUAUCAAGCUUAGUAUUUUAUAAAAAUGUAAUGGAAUUUGUAACAAUUUAUAUUUAUGUUCUAUAUGAACAUAUCUUUAAUAUUAUGGCUCACUUAUAAUCUAAUCUUUUUUCUAUAAUUGUUCUUCCCAUGUCAAACAAUAAUUAUUCCGUGAGGAUAAUUCCAUUCUAUUUGCUUAUUUACUUUAGUUGCUUAUUGUGAAUGUACUACACACUAUGUGGGUGUUUUAAUGGUCAUUGCAAUGCAGAAAAACAAUGUGAAAACCCUCUGAGCCAGCCUCUCUGUCCAGGACCCUAGUGGGCAGAGUCAGAGAGAUUCAGCUCACCUGGUCUGGUGUCAAGACUAUAUGUAUUAAGUUAAUCUUUAGCUUCAUUUCUCUUUUAGUUAUGUAAAAUAAAAUAACUUUUAGUUAUGA